UGGCGGGCGCCGCAGACCGUGCAAGCAGAGGGGAGAGUUCCGUAGAUCCGUGAGCGCGCAGGCCGGAGAGACGAGCUUAGCCGAGAGCAGCCGGCUUCAGCGCCCGUGUGCCAGGAUCCCUUGCGCCCUGCUGUGCGGCGUCUGGCAGAGACUGUGCUCGCCGCUCCCGCAGGCCGGGCCGCAUUCCCAGUUCCCAAGGGCGGCCGGGAGCGCCACGAGAGUACCCCGAAGGCGGCGUGCGCGCUGGACCGGCAGUGGCGGCCUGCAGACGGCGGACUUCGCAGCGGCUUCCGCAGGGUGAGACCCCCGAGAGCGCCGGGCGCGCGCGACGAUGAGGGCGCGGCCGCAGGUCUGCGAGGCUCUGCUCUUCGCCCUGGCGCUCCACACUGGCGUGUGCUAUGGCAUCAAGUGGCUAGCACUGUCCAAGACGCCAGCAGCCCUCGCGCUCAACCAGACGCAACACUGCAAGCAGCUGGAGGGCCUGGUGUCUGCGCAGGUGCAGCUCUGCCGCAGCAACCUGGAGCUCAUGCGCACCAUCGUGCACGCGGCGCGGGAGGCCAUGAAGGCCUGCCGCAGGGCCUUCGCCGACAUGCGCUGGAACUGCUCCUCCAUCGAGCUCGCCCCCAACUACCUGCUUGACCUAGAGAGAGGUACCCGGGAGUCAGCCUUCGUGUAUGCCCUGUCGGCCGCCACCAUCAGCCACACCAUCGCCCGGGCCUGCACCUCUGGCGACCUGCCCGGCUGCUCCUGCGGCCCUGUCCCAGGUGAGCCACCCGGGCCUGGGAACCGCUGGGGAGGAUGUGCGGACAACCUCAGCUACGGGCUCCUCAUGGGGGCCAAGUUUUCCGAUGCUCCUAUGAAGGUGAAAAAAACGGGAUCCCAAGCCAAUAAACUGAUGCGUCUACACAACAGUGAAGUGGGGAGACAGGCUCUGCGUGCCUCCCUGGAAACCAAGUGUAAGUGUCAUGGGGUGUCUGGCUCCUGCUCCAUCCGCACCUGUUGGAAGGGGCUGCAAGAACUGCGGGAUGUGGCUGCUGACCUCAAGACCCGCUACCUAUCGGCCACGAAGGUGGUGCACCGGCCUAUGGGCACCCGCAAGCACCUGGUGCCCAAGGACCUGGACAUCAGGCCCGUGAAGGACUCAGAACUGGUGUAUCUACAGAGCUCCCCCGACUUCUGUAUGAAGAACGAGAAGGUGGGAUCCCACGGGACCCAAGACAGGCAGUGCAACAAAACCUCCAACGGCAGUGACAGCUGCGACCUCAUGUGCUGUGGGCGCGGCUACAACCCCUACACGGACCGCGUGGUGGAGCGGUGUCACUGCAAGUACCACUGGUGCUGCUACGUCACCUGCCGCAGGUGUGAACGCACAGUGGAGCGCUACGUCUGCAAGUGAGGCUGCACGUUCCGCCCCUGUGGAGGGGCGCCGUUCUCCCCGAGGACCCACUGAAGGGCCUGGAGACCCCGUGGACUUCCCUGCCGAUCCCAGAUGCCAGGCGUGGGAGGAGGCUUGUGCCGGGACUCCACUUGGAAGCCACCGGGAACAGGAGGCCUGGUCGCCCUGGGAGGGCCGGGGCAUCAAAGGAAACCGAUAGGAUUAAAAAUAACCUGGCAGCUUGGGGCCCGAGUGCCCACAUGUUGUCUUCCAGGCUGCUCCAAGAAGCCAGGGCAGGGAUGGGUAGGACUGUGUGCGUUUGACCUUUCAAGGCCAGAAAGACCAGCCUCCCAGAAUGUUCUUUGGGACCCUGUGCCCACCACAUGGAACCACUAACUGGGUUGUAAAUUUUUAUUUUUCUUUCCCCUCUCCUUUGGGAUGCGGGAGUUACAGAAAUAUUUAUAAAAUAUAGCUUUUUCUUUGGGGUGGC